CUUAAAGAUUCUAAUACCUUUAAAAAACGACUGAAUUGUCUCGUGCGUCUGCAUCCCCCCGUUCAAAUCAGCAGGGUUCUCUAGUUAUCUGCCACCUGCGAAGAAGCAAUAUGUUCCAUAUGAACAGUGCCUCUGAUCUAAUGCAAACUUCUGAUGUUGACCGGACGGAUGUCUCUGAAGGAGACAACUUGGCUGAUGGUUACGCGAGGAAGUGCUCUGGCAGUUGCAAUUCACACUCUGCUGAGCAAAUUCAUUCCAGCUCCAAUUCCACCCAUCAAAAGUAUUGCGAUGGCAACGAAAACUUUUACGCAGAUAUACUGAAAGAUGACAUUGUCAAAUUAGAUGAGUCUUCUGUUUCUGCAACUCGCAACAUUCUGCCUACUGUUCCAAUCAAUCCAGUGGCCGUGCUAAUGUCUCAAGACUCGCAAAAUCUAGUGCAAGAUUUCAUGUCCCCGAUCCCUCCUUUCCAGGGCACCGCAAAUCGAAGAGUCAGACUGAGGAGGCAAAAACCAGAGAGCUCCAGUACGAUAGCGCCGGAGAUAAAGGCCAGUGAUUACUCUGCAGAGAAGGCAGAACCUCAAGCAGGAAGCUCAGAGCCCUCAGAGAGAAGAACCAUUGUGAUCAUUGGUCGAUGGCUUGUGUAUGGUGUCUAG